UUCAGCUUAAAUUAUUAACAUACAAUGAGGGUUAUGUGGUCUCUUGAGUUAUUAGUACAUUUUAUUUUCCUUUAUUUACUAUUCUCUUUCACAUUUACUACCUGUUUUCCUUUAAUUAAGCCAAAGUGUCAUCAAGAUGAAAGCCAUGCCAUGUUGCAAUUUAAGGAAGGCUUUGUCAUUAGUAAGUUUUCCUCAGAGAAUCCUCUAAGUUAUCCUAAAACAAUAUCUUGGAAUGCAAGCAUAGAUUGCUGCUCAUGGGAUGGAAUUCAAUGUGAUGAGCACACAAAUCAUGUCACUGGAAUUGAUCUUAGUAGCAGCCAGCUCUAUGGUACAAUUGAUGCUAAUAGCAGUCUCUUUCGCCUUGUUCACCUUCGAGUUCUUGAUCUUUCUGAUAACGACUUCAAUUACUCUCGAAUCCCGCCCACGAUAGGCGAGCUUUCGCAGAUGAGAUAUCUAAACCUUUCUCUUACCAGAUUUUUUGGAGAAAUCCCACUACAAGUUUCAAAGAUGUCUAACUUGUUGUCUCUUGAUUUAAGCAACAAUAUUGCUAAUGCUGAAUCAAUUUAUGGAGGUGCAAUCAAUCUGUUGGAAAUCAAAUUGUUCAGUUUAAGAAGCAUCAUUAAAAACUCAACAAAACUUGAGGCACUUCUACUUAGUUAUGUGACUAUCGCAUCUCCUCUACCUGACACACUCGUAAAUCUAACAUUGUUGCAAGAACUAUGUCUAUACAGUUCUGAAUUGUAUGAUGAAUUUCCCAUUGGCAUAUUUCAUCUUCCAAAGUUGAAAUAUCUGGAUUUGAGAUAUAAUCAAAAUCUCAAUGGUAGGUUGCCUGAAUUUCAGUCUAGUUCACUUACCAUGUUAAGACUUGAUGAGACAGGUUUUUAUGGAACACUGCCAGAAUCCAUUGGAAAGCUUAGUUCUUUAAAUACACUAUCAAUUUCAAACUGCCAUUUUUCUGGGUAUGUUCCUUCUUCACUAAGCAACCUCACACAGCUCAUGUAUAUAAACCUUAUGUAUAACAAAUUUAUGGGCAACCCUUCUGCAUUGUUGGCAAAUCUUACAAAACUAACCAACUUGUAUAUUGGUUUCAAUGAAUUUACUAUCGAAACCAUCGCAUGGAUAGGUAAGCUGUCAUCGAUAAUUGGCUUGGAUAUAUCCUCAGUAAAUAUUGGCAGUGACAUGCCAUUAUCUUUUGCAAAUCUCACAGAGCUAUACAAUUUAAGUGCAGAAAAUAGCAAUAUAAUGGGUGAAAUUCCAUCUUGGAUAAUGAACCUAACAAAUUUAGCUUAUUUGAACCUCGAAUACAACACCCUCCAUGGUGAAAUCCCCAACUCUUUCUUUAGACUUGAGAAUCUUGAACGUCUUGCCCUAUCCAAUAAUUUGUUGCAUGGAAAGCUAGAGCUUGACAUGUUUUUGAAGUUCAAAAAGUUAACUUUUAUAAAUUUAUCUUUCAACAAACUGUUGUUGCUGGGUGGAAAAAGUUCUUCCAAUGUGACUGAUUCUCAAAUCCGUAUCUUAGAAUUGGCUUCUUGCAAUUUAGUUGAGAUUCCAAAAUUUAUAAGAGAUCUAGGUGAUCUUACAUGUCUUAACUUGGACAACAACAAUAUAACUUUACUACCCAAUUGGUUGUGGAGAAAAGCAAGUCUACAAGGCUUAACUGUUUCCCACAAUUCAUUGACAGAAGAAAUAUCCCCGUCCGUAUGCAAUCUCAAAUCGCUCGUUCAUCUUGAUUUAUCGUUCAACAACUUAAGCGGAAAAGUUCCCUCAUGUCUAGGGAACUUUAGCCAAUCUCUAGAAAUUAUGAUGCUAAAAGGGAACAAAUUGUCUGGUCUCAUUCCUCAAACAUAUCUGAUAGGAAAUGCCAUUCAGAUGAUUGAUCUCAGCAACAACAAUGUGCAGGGUCAGUUGCCAAGAGCAUUAGUUAACUGCGGAAGGCUAGAAUACUUUGAUGUUAGUCAUAACAAUAUCAUUGAUUCAUUUCCAUUCUCUGGAGAUUUACCUGAGUUGAAGGUAUUGGCUUUAAGUAAUAAUGAAUUUCAUGGAGACCUUAGAUGCUUUGAGAAUAUGACAUGCUCAUUUCCCAAGCUUCACAUCAUUGAUCUUUCACACAAUCAGUUCUCUGGCAGUUUGCCUUCAGAAAUGAUCCAGAGUUGGAAAUCAAUGAAAGCUUCCAACACAAGUCAAUUACAGUAUGAGCAGUGGCGAGUUGUCUUCCGGUCACAGCCGAAAGGACAAUAUUGGAUAGAUUAUAAUACUUAUUAUUCAUUCACAAUGUCAAACAAAGGGUCCAUGAUGGUUUAUAAUAAGCUUCAAGAGUUUUACAACAUGAUAGCCAUUGAUAUUUCAAGCAACAAAAUCAGUGGAGUGAUACCAAAAGUGAUAGGAAACUUGAAGGGUCUUGUUUUGCUCAACUUGUCAAAUAACUUGUUGAUUGGCAACAUACCAUCUUCCUUAGGGAAGCUUUCAAACCUUGAAGCAUUGGACCUUUCUCUCAACAAUCUGUCAGGGAAGAUUCCUCAACAGCUGACACAACUCACCUUUAUGGAGUUCUUAAAUGUGUCCAUUAACAAUCUCACAGGUCCUAUACCACAAAAUAAGCAGUUUUCUACAUUCCAAGGCAAUUCAUUUGAGAGUAACCAAGAGCUGUGUGGGGAUCAGUUGUUGAAGAAGUGUAUAGAUCAUUCAAGGCCUUCUCUUUCUCCACCUUCUGCCUCUAGUGAUGACCAAGACUCAGAAUCUUUCUUUGAAUUUGACUGGAAAGUAAUUCUUAUUGGGUAUGUAGGUGGUCUUGUUGCUGGAGUGGCAUUGGGAAGCACUUUCUAUCCACUGCCAAUGCAAUGUCAUGAAGAUGACAGCCAUGCCUUGUUGCAAUUUAAGGAAAGCUUUGCCAUCAAUAACUUAGCAUCUGUGAAUCCUCUUAGUUAUCCCAAAACAGUGUCUUGGAAUGCAAGCACAGAUUGCUGCUCAUGGGAUGGCAUUAAAUGUGAUGAGCAUACAGAUCAUGUGAUUCACAUUCAUCUUAGAAGCAGCCAACUCUUUGGUACAAUGGAUGCAAAUAGCAGUCUCCUUCGCCUUGUACACCUUCGAGUUCUUGAUCUUUCCGAUAAUGACUUCAAUUACUCUCAAAUCCCCCCCAGGAUAGGUGAGCUUUCACAUCUAAGAUAUCUGAACCUUUCUCGUACAAUAUUUUAUGGAGAAAUUCCACCACAAGUUUCGCAGUUGUCCAAGUUGUUGUCUCUUGAUCUAGGCUUCAAUGCUGUAUCAAGUCCUAGAGGUAGUGCAGUUAAUCUUUUGCAACUCAAACUGUCCAAUCUCAAAAGCAUAAUACAAAACUCAACAAAACUUGAGAACCUUCUACUUAGUUAUGUGACUAUUUCAUCUACUUUACCUGACACACUCACAAAUCUAACUUCGUUGCAAGCACUAUGCCUAUACAAUUCUCAAUUGUAUGGUGAAUUUCCAGUUAACGUUUUUCAUCUUCCAAACUUGAAAUAUCUGGAUUUGAGAUAUAAUCAAAAUCUCAAUGGUAGGUUGCCUGAGUUUCAGUCCAGUUCACUUGCCUGGUUAGAACUUGAUGUAACAGGUUUUUAUGGUACACUACCAGUAUCCAUUGGAAAGCUUAGUUCUUUAAAUCUGCUAUCAAUCUCAGAUUGCAAGUUUUCUGGGCAUGUUCCUUCUUCUCUUGGCAACCUCAGACAGCUCACGUACCUAAACCUUGGAUAUAACAAAUUUAGAGGCGACCCUUCUGCAUCCCUGGCAAAUCUUACCAAACUAAACUACCUGUAUGUUGAUUUCAAUGAAUUUACUAUUGAGACCAUCUCAUUUAUAGGUAAGCUCUCAUCAAUAAUUGCCUUGGAUAUAUCCUCAGUAAAUAUUGGCAGUGACAUUCCAUUAUCUUUUGCAAAUCUCACCCAACUAUGCCUUUUUACGGCACAAAAUAGCAAUAUAAAGGGUGAAAUUCCAUCUUGGGUAAUGAACUUAACCAAUUUAGCUCACUUGGACCUUAGAGAAAAUAACCUUCAUGGUGAAAUCCCAAACUCUUUCUUCAGACUUGAGAAUCUUGAAUUUAUUUCCCUAAACUCUAAUUUGAUAUAUGGAAAGCUAAAGCUUGACAUGUUUCUAGAGUUCAAAAAGCUAUCUUUUCUUGAUUUAUCAUCCAACAAACUGUCAUUGUUCAGUGGGAAAAGAUCUUCCAAUGUGACUGAUUCUCCAAUUCAAGUCCUAAGUUUAGAUUCAUCCAAUUUAGUUAUGAUUCCAGCAUUUAUAAGAGAUCUUGGUGAUUUGGGAUGUCUUUACUUGCCAAACAACAAUAUAACUUCACUACCCAAUUGGCUGUGGACAAAAGCAAGUCUACAAAGCUUAACUGUCUCCCACAGUUCAUUGACAGGAGAAAUAUCCCCAUCCAUAUGCAAUCUCAAAUCACUCAUCCAUCUUGAUUUAUCAUUCAACAAUUUAAGCGGAAACAUUCCCUCAUGUUUGGGGAACUUUAGCCAAACUCUAGAAAUUCUGACAUUAAAAGGGAACAAAUUGUCUGGCCUCAUUCCGCAAACAUACCCGAUGCGAAACACCCUUCAAAUGAUUGAUUUCAGAAAUAACAAUCUUCAAGGUCAGUUGCCAAGAGAAUUGGUCAACUGUGGAUGGCUAGAAUAUUUUGAUAUUAGCCAUAACCAUAUCAAUGAUUCAUUUCCAUUCUGGCUGGGAGAUUUACCUGAGUUGAAGGUAUUGGGUUUAAGUAAUAAUGAAUUUCAUGGAGACAUUAGAUGCUUUGAGAACAUGGCAUGCUCAUUUCCCAAGCUUCACAUCAUUGAUCUUUCUCACAAUGAGUUCUCUGGUAGUUUUCCAUCAGAAAUGAUCCAAAAAUGGAAAUCAAUGAAAGCUUCCAACACAAGUCAAUUACAGUACGAGCAAUCGCUUAUUUACUUCCGUCAUCGGAGGGAGCAAGAAUAUUGGACAGAAACGAACAUGUAUUCGUUCACAAUGUCAAACAAAGGGUUGAUGAUGGUUUAUGAGAGGCUUCAAGAGUUUUACAGCAUGAUAGCCAUUGAUAUUUCAAGCAACAAAAUCAGUGGAGAGGUACCAAAAGUUAUAGGCGACUUGAAGGGUCUUGUUUUGCUCAACCUGUCAAAUAACUUCUUGAUUGGCAACAUUCCAUCUUCCUUAGGGAAGCUUUCAAACCUUGAAGCACUUGACCUUUCUCUCAACAAUCUAUCAGGGAGGAUUCCCCAACAGCUGACACAACUCACCUUUCUGGAGUUCUUUAAUGUGUCCUUCAACAAUCUCUCAGGUCCUAUACCUCAGAGUGAGCAAUUUGCUACAUUCCAAGAAACUUCAUUUGCGGGUAACCAAGGUCUGUGUGGAGAUCAGUUGUCGAAGAAGUGUAUAGAUCAUGCAAGGCCUUCUUUUUCUCCACCUUCUGCCUCUGAUGAUGACCAUGACUCUGAAUCUUUCUUUGAAUUUGACUGGAAAGUAAUUCUUACUGGGUAUUUAGGAGGUGUUGUUGCUGGAGUAGCAUUGGGAAGCACCUUCUAUCCGCAGGUACUUGGAUGGCUUAAAAGAGUCUUCUGAGUUGAAAGUGAAAAACUUCUCUUUCCUUUGUAAAUAUGGUUCUCAUUUGUUCUGGUUUUCUUUUGCUGUUGCAAUUGCCUCUAGUAAUAGUGUGCUUUGUAUACAGUUUAGCUGUUGUUAGUCUGAAAUAUAAUGAAAAUUAGUAAUGAGACAAACCAAUUUGCAGAUUCAGACAAGGUGAGGCAUGGUGGUUGGUGUGUAUAAAGGUUAUUUGAAAGUAUUGUAACAAAAGUACUGAAUUAGUUGUAAUUCAGCUAUAGUUAGGUACAAAUCAGUGUUAUAGAGUCCUAUAAAUAUGAGACUCGUGUACCUCAUUUACCAUCUUUUUCAAUUAAUAUAAAAUGUAACCUUAUGAGUUUUGCUCCGGACUGGCCCCUCGGCCCAGUUCAGAUUAAGUAUCAAUAUGGUCUAUAUCUCUCCUAUGUAUAUGACUUUCCUCUGUUUGAUCCAUGAAUUUGAAAUUUUAACAA